CUCCCACUGUCCGACUCUAAACCCUUGGGCGGGUUUGCGGCUCUGGCUCUGUCUGAGCCCCACCCCCUACUUAGCCAAUAGCACGCGCCACUGUUUAUCGUCCCACCUUCCCCUUCGGGUCCGCCUCUCAGCCUCAGCCCUCGGCUUUUCCUACCUUAGGCCGCGCCCCUUUCGCGCCCUGCCACUCAGACUCCACCCCAAGCUUAACAGAUGGUCCGCACGCCCCGGGGAGAAGGCUGGCCCCGCCCCCACCUCAGCGCUGAUUGGUCCGCCCAGGCGUCGCGGGCGGUGGGCGGGGCUGCGGGCCCAAGAAGGACGGCGGCCAUCUUGCGCAGAUCCGGAGUCGGACUCUGAGGCUGCGAUCUACAGUGCGUGGGAGUCUGCGCCCUGUUCUGCUACGGUUGGUCCCCGCCGCAGCUCCUCGAGAGCACUGGCCCACCUCUACCUUGCGCCUUGCCUCAGCCCGGUCCUCUGACCCUCUGCCCGGCUCGGUCAGGCCUCGCCACGGCGUCACGCGCGGCCGCCCCGAGGACGAUGAACGGAGGAUAAAUGGUGCCUAAGGCAGACAGCGGUGCCUUCUUGCUGCUCUUCCUGCUCGUGCUCACCGUCACCGAGCCGCUGCGGCCAGAGCUGCGGUGUAACCCUGGGCAGUUUGCCUGUCGCAGUGGUGCCAUCCAGUGCAUCCCCCUCUCCUGGCAGUGUGACGGCUGGGCGACUUGUGAGGAUGAGAGUGACGAAGCCGACUGUCCAGAAGUAACUGGGGAGUCUCGGCCUUACCAUGGGAAGGAGUCUGUGGACCUGAGGCAGGGGAGAGCCAGAGGAGGGGACCCUACGGACUUCCACGCGGUGAAUGUGGCACAGCCUGUCCGCUUCAGCAGGAAGUGCCCGACAGGAUGGCACCACUAUGAAGGCACAGCCAGCUGCUACCGGGUGUACCUGAGCGGGGAGAACUACUGGGAUGCCGCCCAGACCUGCCAGCGUGUGAACGGCUCCCUCGCCACCUUCUCUACUGAGGAGGAGCUGCGCUUUGUCCUGGCCCAGGAAUGGGAUCAGCCCGAACUGGUCCCAUUUGGUUGGAAGGACCAGCGCAAGCUGUGGGUUGGCUAUCAGUAUGUCGUCACUGGCCGGAACCGUUCCUUAGAGGGUCGCUGGGAGGUGGCAUUCAAAGGCUCCUCGAAGGUGUUGCUGCCCCCAGACCCCAUCUUUACAUCGGCCAUGUCUGAGAGCGACAAUGUGCUCUGCGCCCAGCUGCAGUGCUUUCACUUCCCGACGCUGCGGCACCACGACCUGCACAGCUGGCACGCCGAGAGCUGCUAUGAGAAGUCCUCGUUUCUGUGCAAAAGAAGUCAAACGUGUGUCGACAUCAAGGACAAUGUGGUGGAUGAAGGCUUUUACUUCACCCCUAAAGGGGAUGAUCCAUGCUUGAGCUGCACCUGCCAUGGAGGGGAGCCUGAGAUGUGUGUGGCCGCCCUCUGCGAGGGUCCCCAGGGCUGUCAGCAGUACCGCAAGGAGCCUAAGGAGUGCUGCAAGUUCAUGUGUCUGGACCCAGAUGGCAACAACCUGUUCGACUCUAUGGCCAGUGGCAUGCGCUUGGUGGUCAGCUGUAUCUCCUCCUUCCUCAUCCUCUCACUGCUGCUUUUCAUGGUCCACCGGCUGCGCCAGAGGCGCCGGGAGCGCAUCGAGUCCCUGAUUGGAGCAAACUUGCACCACUUCAACCUUGGCCGGAGGAUCCCUGGCUUUGACUACGGCCCAGACAGGUUCGGCACAGGCCUCACCCCCCUGCAUCUUUCUGAUGAUGGGGAAGGUGGGACUUUCCACUUCCACGACCCUCCGCCUCCCUACACAGCUUACAAGUAUCCAGAUAUCGACCAGCCCGAUGACCCUCCACCACCCUAUGAGGCCUCCAUCAACCCGGACAGUGUGUUCUACGAUCCUGCAGAUGACGAUGCCUUUGAUCCCGCAGAGGCUACCCCACCAACCCCAGGGGAUGGUAGCAGUGAAGGUGCAUUGCCUCAGUGCCUGGAACAGCCUCUGCCCCCUGCGGGGGCCUCCCUGGCAGACCUGGAAGACUCUUCAGACAGCAGCCGUGCCCUGCUCGUGCCCCCUGACCCUACCCAGAGCAGGAGCACCCCAGCUGCAGAGGCACCGCCAGGAGGUGUGCGCCCCAGCCGCAGCUCCCUGAAUACUGUGGUAUAGACGGCCCAGCUCGUGGCUCCGAUGGGCUGGGAGUACCUCUUGCUGUCCAGAAGACACCAGUCCCCAUGGGACACUUGAAGGGGCCCUGGUGCAUCCCGGACCCUGCUCCAUUGCCGCAUGCCCCCAGCCGGUGUGCGUGUAUAGAGAGACCACAGCUGCCUCUCUCCAAGGGGCGACCGCCCGCACCAAGUUUCCUCGAGGGCUUCACGGAUAUGCAUAGCUCUGGGUCACUGUCUCUUUAAACGGCAGAGUGAUGGUGUGUGUCCGCACCACAGCACACGUUUCGGGAGGAGGGAACAGAGGCUCUGGGUGUAGCGAUGGGGCCAUCUGAACGUCAGUACCGUUGAGGGAGUGGUCUGUUUGCAGGGAGACAGUCUUGGAGGCUGCU